AUGCCUAUCUUGGAUAGGCUGAUUGUGAAGAACCCGUUACGGCUAUGGUUGAGCAAAUGGGGCUGGGGACGGGCAACAACGCCUGUGGCUGUCUUUGCGCGGGAACGUAUGGCGGAGCGCAACAAUGAGCAGGUUGAUUGGAAAGAAGAAAAAAUGUCAAAGGGAUCUCGUGACUUCUUGUCCCGCUUCCAAGAAGCUCAUACCAAGGAUUCAGAAUUCAUGUCACAGCAGCGCGUCCUCGCCGUCACCGUAGCCAACAUGUUCGCCGGCUCAGACACAACAGCCAUCACCCUCCGCGCCAUCUUCUACCAUCUCCUUUGUAAUCCAGAAACCAUGAAGCGGCUUCGGCAAGAACUAGAUCGUGACGCUGUCUUCGACGAAGACGGUCUGGCUACCUGGAGCAACGUCCACGAACUACCAUAUCUUAGUGCCGUCAUCAAAGAAGGUCUUCGCUGUCAUCCUGCCGCUGGCUUGAGCCUCGAACGCGUUGUACCGUCGACUGGCCUCACCAUAGGCUCCUACUCCAUCCCGCCAGGUACCAUAGUUGGCUGCAAUGCUUGGGUAAUUCAUCAAUCAGAAAGCGUGUUCGGCGACCAUACCGAACUCUUCCGGCCUGAACGCUGGCUCGAAGCGGACGAGGCCCAGCGUAACGGAAUGAACAACAUGCUCUUCUCUUUCGGCGCAGGGACGCGCUCGUGCAUCGGUAAGAAUAUCAGCUUGUUGGAGAUGUAUAAACUCGUUCCUGCGCUGUUGCACCGAUUUGAGAAAUCUUUGCUGAUGUAG